AUGUCUAGCUCCACCAACGCCUUAUUCACCCUCGACCCAGAGCAUGUAUCAUGCAUCGGGGGCCGAACCGUAGUCACAUGCAAAAGUUGCGCAGGGAAUGCCCCAAGGUACAUACAUACAUCGGACUUCGAUCCCUCUACAAAUGCUAAGGCUAACGCAUUGACUAGAGGCUCGAUCUGCGCUACCUGCAACGGUCGCGGCUUUAACAUCUUUGUUUGCGCACACUGCAACCCCGCAGCUGCAGCUGCCGCAGCGAGAGCCCUGGCAAACCCCACUUCUGCAACCGCAACAACACCAGGCUCCUCGACGCCCUCAUCCCCGGGCUCCCUGGGCCGCAGCUCCUCCACUUCUUAUCCCUCACAUCCCGAUCCCCAAGCUGCUCGGUCUUAUGGGAGAUAUAGUGAUGGUAGCGAUGGAAGCUGUGGCCAGAUUGAUACUAAUGUAAAUCGUUCACGUAACCCGUGA